AUGGACCUGAUGAUCCAUUCUUCUUCCUUCCUUGUUCCGAGUACCUCAGCCGGAGACGACCUCCGCCAUUCUCUAACCUACGCCCUCGUCCUUCUCAACCAGCGCCUCCCUAAAUUCACUCCUCUGCUCUGGGAACACGCACAAGUUCGAGUUUGCGCCGAUGGAGGAGCCAAUCGGGUCUAUGACGAUAUGCCUCUUCUCUUCCCAAACGAAGACGCCGCCCAUGUUCGCCACAGGUUCAAACCAGAUGUAAUCAAAGGGGAUAUGGAUUCGGUACGAUCUGAAGUACUUAACUUUUACAGCGACUUGGGAACUGAUGUAGUUGAUGAGUCUGAUGAUCAAGAUACCACUGACCUGCACAAGUGCAUAGCUUAUAUUAAUGGUGUCAUGCCAAAUCUUGAUAAGUCAUCGUUCUGCAUCCUCGUAACUGGGGCACUUGGAGGGCGGUUUGACCAUGAAGCUGGUAACAUCAAUGUCCUACACCGUUUCUCAACCACGCGGAUAACCCUUCUAUCUGAUGAUUGCCUCAUUUACCUGCUUCCAAAAACUCACCGUCAUGAAAUACAUGUAAACUUCUCUGCUGAGGGACCGCAUUGUGGACUCGUUCCCAUGGGGAUGCCAUCCGGGAGAACUACAACAACAGGCCUUCAGUGGGACCUCAAUGAUGCGGAGAUGAGGUUUGGUGGUCUAGUAAGUACAUCAAACAUAGUGAAAGCAGAGAAGGUUACGGUGGAGUCGGAUGCGGAUCUCCUGUGGACGAUAUCAAUUAAAAAGUUCUGA